AUGGGUGAUAACACUCCCGGAUCCGCCCACGUAUCAGUGAACAGAGCUGAGUUAAAGAAGCUUGAUACUGAUACCUGUAACAUUCUUGCGCAAUUUGAAAAGACCAGAGAAUGGGCCGACUUGACCAACUGUUUAAUCAAGUUAAAUCGUAUUUUAACAAACUCCACAAUACCACACAUUCCAUACAAGGAAAUCAUCUGUAAACGCUUAGCUCAAUGUUUAAAUCAUCAGUUACCAACUGGUGUCCACAUCAGAGCAUUGGAAGUUUACGGCUCAAUUCUAGCCAAAACUACCACAGAGAGUUUAUCCAAUGAUUUGGCACUCUUUAGUACCGGGCUCUUCCCCUUCUUUUCCUACAGCUCUCACACAGUCAGGCCACAAUUCCUGGAAAUCAUUGAUAAAUAUUUCUUACCUCUAGGGCCUAAAUUAUUACCAUGUCUUAUUGGUUUAUUAAUUUGUAUAUUACCAGGGCUAGAAGAUGAUAAAUCUGACACCUACGGGAUGGUGUAUGAGAUGGUUGAAAAGAUCAGCACCUGUGUACCAGAACGUUAUUUUAUGAGAUCCCUAUGGCUAAUAUUUAAAAGAGCGUCAAAGAUAAGAUUACCAACUUUAUACGUAAUUUCAAAUAAAUUGGCACCAGUGCUUUUACCCAGUGUGACUCAAUUGAGUGAGGAGAGGUUGGAUUCAUUACUUCCUGAUAGGAAUGAGUUGGUGUUAAACAGUUUAAUCGCAGCAUCGCAAGAUGAUUCGAUGAUAACUUUGAGAGAAUUGAUGAACUUUAUGUCGAAAUAUUUUCUACUAGAUUCGGAGAUUUUCAAGUAUCACAGUAAGGCGGCACUUUGCAGGAAUUUUUUAAGAUUACUGAGAAAAAGAGAUUGGUCACUCACCAGACGUAUUUACCAGUGGUUAUUUAACACUAAUGACCUGAACGAGUCUGUGGAAACUAUUGAUUUAACGUAUUUCAACAACCAUUCCAAGAGUGUGAUAAUUACCGCAGUAAAAGACCUGUUGAAGAUGAAAGUUAACACACUAGAGGAAGUAAUUAUGCCCUUGAAAAUUGUUGUAACUUUAAUCUCAGAUAUUGAGGUCUCAGUUAUCGCUGACCAGCUGAUGCCAGUGCUGUGUAUUCCCAUCCUGAAAUACAUUUGUGAUAAAAUUGAUGACCCAGACUGGCAUUCCGCAAUUAUCCAAGAAAGUAAAAUCAUCUUUAAUACCACUCUGACAUCGCCUUACGUAGUUUUCAACUCGAUAAUUGAACAAUUCAAUAAAUUAUUCCUGGAUAAUUCGUAUAAUUCCAUACAGGAGUGGAAUGACAUUUUGGAUUUGAGUAAUAUUUAUCUCGAUGAGAUGAAGACUUUGACAAUGUUUGAGACGGUUUUGGGCGGUCUCUUCAUGCUCCUGGAGAAUGCGCUGUAUAAAUUACUUAAACUGGACAUAAAGUCGCAGGUGUUGGUGAUUUCCCACAUUCUCAGGUACAUCUCAGCGAUUCUGGGCCGUAUAGAAAGUUUUAUUAAUGGCGAAUACUGUUUUGAUACGGAUUUGAAUUAUGCUCAGGAGACUAAGGAAAUGAAUCAUCUGAUCGAGGUGCAGAAACUCUGCAAUGACCGGAUCUUCAAGUAUUUAAAUCAUUUCUAUAUUAAUUCACUCACACACUUUGACAAUAAAAAUAUCCUAACAACCUCCGAAGUUUCAGUGCUGGAUUUGUUAAAUAAUUUAGCCGUGAGAUUCGUGUCAAUUGAACAUAACAUGAAGACUCUGCCCAUCAUCAAGUCAUUCUCCGAGAAUUUCGAGUUUGCCUGCGACGACGCCAUGACGAACCACUUCAGCGAUUUGACACUCACCGAAAACGCAAAUUCACUAGUCAACAAAUAUAUCGACAACAAUUAUCUCAAAAAGAAAAAAACCAACAAUAAAUCUAAGGUUUCUACCGUAAAAAGUAAACUCACCAGUGGUGACCAAAAUAAUCUAACCGGUAGUAUAAAGAGUAAUCUAAGUGGUACUGACAAAAAUAAUGUAAGUAGUAGUAGUGGGAGUAAGAGUCCAUCAGACAUUAGUUCUGAGGGGUUUAGAUUGGAUGGUUGGAUAAUGUGUUUGUUGAAAUGUUCAUUAUCGUCAGACCCGAUGAUAUUUUGCAGAGGCAUUCGGACAUUUAUUCAGGUGAUUAAUUUACCCAGGAAAGCUCAUCUGAAGCGCUUUUUCUCAGUCUCGAUCUUCCAUCUCCGGAACAUAAUCAUGCAACUUUGGAACAGUUUAGUUGACAGAUUCUCCUCAUUUCAUUCUGAAAUCGUGUUGUUACUGCUACAGUUAAUGUACUCAGUACCAGAGACCUCCGAGGAGGCUGAAGAUCUUAUGGUUAAAGAUCUCACAAGCAGAGAUGUUGAUUUAAAAAUCGGUGCGAUUUUACGAUUCGGAGUCUUGAUCAAGUAUUUACACAUCCAUGCACCUGAUCAGUUGUUCUUUUCUGAAGCUAUUGGGUUCAUACUGGAUGCCGUAGAAGAGUCUAAUCCUAAACUGCAUUACUACGCUAGAGCUUUUUUAUCCGAGUCUAUUUACAUGCUACCAAAUCUCCUCGAUCCCAUUCUCCUGUUUCUCAUCAAAUUCAAUCCCACACACUCCAUCACCACCCAUACACAACCCAAAGAUAUUUCCAACAAUUUUAACUCCAACAAUUUUAACUCCAAAGAUAACAAUUCUAGAGAUAAUAACUUGAAGGAUUUCAAGUCUAGAGAUAAUAAUUCCAACAAUUUUAACUCUAAAGACUUCAAGUCUAGAGAUAAUAAUUUGAAGGAUUUCAAGUCUAAGGAUAUUAGAUCUCCGAAUACUCAGUCCGGCAAUAGCAUUAAGUUGAAUAAUACUGGUACGGUGUGUGGUAGUAGAUUUUAUAGGAUAUCUAGUCAGACAUUUGAUACUGAGACGAGGAAUGUGAUGACUGAGGUUGUGAGGCGGUUUAGACAUUUAUCAUCGAUAAUCGGUAGAGAGGGUCAGGCUAUAUUAGAUAUAAUGCAGAAACGUCAGGUGCCAAUAGAUUUACUAAAGUGUGUACAGGGCGAGGAUUUGUUUAAUACGUUGUCGGAAACACUUGAAACUGUUCCUCAAAGUCCACACCCUAAAUCAGAAUUAGGAACCAACAAGAGUCAAAUUAUCGACAAGAAUAUGAAUCUGGACAAGAGUUUUAUUAUGGAAAAGAGUUUUAUUAUGGAAAAGAGUUUGAGUAUGGAGGACUCUGUGUCAAAUUAUGGAGGAAGUUUUAUAAAACAUUUUUUAAAAGACACUUUAAAGGCUAAACAGUUUACAAUUAAUAGCCAAGUGUUGGGAGAAUCAAGUGCUCGUAGAGACUCUGUUCGCACAGAUCCCAGCUCAUUGCAACCUAAAAAUACUACACUGCUUGAUGAUUUAAUUAGUCUAAACUCACCUAAAAAGUUACAAACUAAUGGAACCGCAGACUCGUUUCACACACCAAUCAAUAAAAUCCACACAGCUCACAACUUUAGUAAGAUUAAAAUUAACAAGGGGAAGAAAAGAUCAACCAUACCACAAGGGAAAUCACAAACCAAUGUACACCACGUUGGCAAUGAAGUUUUCUACACUCCCUCAAGCUCCAUUCUCACAAACACACAAACAGAACCCCCAAAUAAUGUAGUAAGUGAUACACAUCCCAGUGAUACAGUUUCCAGUAGUAUGGUGGCUAAUGGUACAUCUGAUACAGUGCCUAGUUCUGUACCAGAAACAACACCUAAAUCACAUGGUAACACAGUACAUAACACAGUGGCUAAUACGGUAUCCAGUCCUGUAUUAUCUGAUUCACAGAUUGAGUACUCUGUAUUUCCGAGAUUAUUUGACCCGUCGUAUACUUGUUAUUCUGACGAGUCGAUUUAUAAUUAUUUGGACCUGGUAGUAGUGAUAACACUAAAGUACAUUUGUCUCAAUGUUGAUCUCAGCUCACUCAUUCUAACCUCCACCACCGAUGAUCUCCUCUUCUACCAACAAAUUAUCACACGUAACACUACCAAUAGUAUUACCAAUAAUAUUACCAAUAAUAUUACCAAUAAUAUUACCAAUAAUAUUACCAAUAAUAUUACCAAUAAUAUUGUUAAUGGUACUAGUGGCGUAUGUGGAAACUCAAAUGCUCUUAGUUUUGAUGUAUCAAUGGAUGAUUCUGCGAUGUUGCUGAGAUGUACAGCGAUAGAUUUUAUGAAGUUAUUUUUAUCAUGUCUGCAGCCGACGAAUUUAUCAAUUGAGGUCUCAUGUCUAAUAUCAAAGUAUUUACUACUGAUUUUAUACCACUUUCACCUGAAGGAUCAACAUAUAAUCCAGACACAGAUGAUAUAUUUGUUAAAAGUAGUAAUGGACAGGUGUCAUCAGGAGACUACUACAAUGAGUAAACCCGUCAGUCACCUCAUUGCGCUGGCAAAGUCAUUAUCCAAAUUACCGCUUCUCAAAACUCCAACUAACCAGAAUCUUGAUAUACAAACGCCUAAAUCACAGUCUAGCGUUGAUUUCACCAAUAAUCCUGAUCACUACCAAUACAACACCAAUCUCACAAAUAGUUUACACAGUGGUAAUUUCACUAAUAGUUUACACAGUGGGAAUUUUACCAAUAGUUUACACGGUGGGAGUUUCACUGUUAACGUGUACAAUAAUAGUGUUGGGAAUUGGGGUAAUGGAAUGAUUGACGUGAGUAGGAUGGACGAGGAGCAACUGAAUAGAUAUGUAUCGAGCGACCCCUUGUUUGAGAAUGAAUAUAACCGGAAUUUACUUCAGGGAGUGGAAGUGUUACCGAAUUUCAUCAAGGAUUUUGAAACUUCGCACACUUAUUUGUCUCCAAUCUACAUCAUUAACGUGGCCAACGUCAGGAAGACACAGCUGAAAAGAUUAACUAAACUCUCUGAAAUUGAUUACUUUGAAAAGGUGCUUCACAUUUGUAUCGGUAACGCUGCCAAGGCAAGGUGUAUCCACCUGCUACAAUCUUACAUUGAUUUUGCCAUUUAUAACCUCAAGUAUUUGUCUGGACCUGAGACUGUAAAAUAUGCGUCACACUUUAUACUUGAACUUUGUACCCAGUUGACCACUUAUAAAAAUUGCAUAGGAACUACUGGCAUGUUUUACUAUAUCAGGGCGUUAUAUUUCAUGUUUAACCAUGUGACGGAGAAUUAUAAAACUGGUGCUUCGUAUAGUGCCAGGGAAUCGAAGUCUACAGGGAAAAACCUGGGAAUCACAGACGAAUCUGGAAAACCAUACUUUUCUAUGAAUAAACAAAAGAAGAAGAAUCUUACAGACUCCGCUGGGUUUCCACACCUCGAUGUUACUCAUCUGGUGCAGUCUUGCAUACAAACACUCAUCUGGGCAAACAAUCACAAUUUCAUCAAAGUUGAUUCCAUCAAACAUGAUUCACCCAAACCUAAUUCACCCAAACAUGAUUCACCCAAACCUAACUCACACAAAGCGGAUUCUAACAAACCAGUUGACACCUCCAACAUGGAUUCACCCAGAGCUGACACCGCCAACAAGAUAAACACCCUAAAUACUGAGAAAAUAAUAAAUAGUGAGAAGUUUCCAAAUAGUGAGAAAAUGUUAAAUACUGAGAAAUUGAAUAGUGAGAAAAUGUUAAAUACUGAGAAAUUGAAUAGUGAGAAAAUGAAUGAGGUGAAUGGUGAGGUGAAUAGAGAGUAUGGAGGAAUGAGUGACGAGUUGAAUUUGGCGCAGCGGGUAUCAUUGGAGAAUGUGACAAAUCAGGUGAUUAGAUUAUUUAAGUUAUUAUAUUUAAAGUUGCCGUAUCACUUUAUAAAGGCGUGUAUACAGCUUUGGGACGAGUCGAACUUAGUGAUUCCGGACUUUAACCUCAGUGAUCUCUGUACGUCAAUUUUAGUCACAGACCACUAUAACCGAAAUGAGACUAAAAAUUGUAUUCUCCUGGUCCUAAGUCAUAUACCACAGCUUAAUUCCCGAUUACUGUUAUCGUACACGCUGGACAUGCUGGAGUCGUUUUGCAGGUCCUCAGAGUUUAAAAAUGCCUCCGGGUACUUAAUUUUAAACACAAACGUCAGAGAAAGUUCAUUAUCGGAAUUUAUCUACGCUAUAACCACCUCGAAAAUGAUACCACAGGCUGACGUAGACUCGACAUUUGCAGAGUUACAACGCUGGGUAGGAUUAGUGUUACAUUACCCGAAACAGCCCACAGUGUUCCUAUGGCUAUUUCAAACCCUGCUAAAGUAUGAGAAAAUCACCGUGUACAACUAUUCUAAGGUGCUGGUAAAUAACUGUAAACGGCUUUUCAAUGACCUGAUUAUGGUAGUGAUUUAUCAAGCGUGUGGGUUAUACGCUCAGAAGAUAUGUCACUGGCUACCUCAGACAAGCUAUGACACGCUUUUACCCGUGCCACUUCAAGUCCAACUCAUUAACUCGAAUUAUUACUUUUCAAAUAGAAUUUUACACUCUGUUGUUAGUUUUAAUUCCACCUCACCGCCGUCAAGGGUACACAGAGCACAUCUAAAUACUGUGAAUCCGUUAAACUCCGAUAUUACUCUACAGUCCAAUAAUACCACUGUAGAAAGUGUACAUAUUGUCGACAGCGGUCACAUUGGCGAUAGUGUACAUAUUGUCGACGGUGUACACAUUGUCGAGAAUGGUCACAUUGUCGACAGCAGUGUUGAGAAUCUAGUCGAAACCAGCAGUAGCAACACUAUUCACACUGUAGACAAUGUACAAACUAAUCCUCCAGUACACAAUGUGGAUAACACUGUAGAAAAUGUGGACAAACCAGUAGACACAGUGGACAAAGCGGUAGACGUGGAGAAUACGGAAGAUAUGGGAAGAUAUGUGAUGGAUAUAAAGAGUUUGGUUUGUAAUGAGACGAGUAGUUUAUUGACGAGUAGAGCGCCAAGUGUGUCGGAAACUGACCCGCCGUCACCUCCUGCGCUCCCAGAUAACACUGAGGUUGUGUGUGAAAAUGCUCUGGCAUUUUUAAUAUUCUUCAGUUAUGAGAUUUUGCACCUGAACAGAAGAACUCCAAUCACCAACAUCGUGUUCCAGUCCCUGCACAAGAGCCUGGGAUCACACAUUUUACCACUAAUGCUGGAACGUCAGACGUUACAGCAGCGGUAUUUUACCCUUGUACUACUAAGGUAUUUACCCUACAGUCUCUAUGAAGUGCCCCUGAGUACUAUUAAGAAGAGCAUGCUGGAAUAUAUUAACUCGCAGGAGUUCUUCAGAAUUGAUCGUAACUGUCUUAAUGUGCUGGUGGAGAUAUUUAGACAAGUGGUGGAAGAGGAUUGUAAAGGCUCCACUGACAUGAUGACCAAGUUGGAUUUCUACACUAACCCACCACACAUGAAUGUUUUCUCCAAUAAAUCCUCCAGCCUCAUUAGCAGGUUCAAAUACCUCAAACGUCUGGCAUUCGUACUCUACGCCUCGGAACACGACACCUUUUCCUCGAAUAUUUCUAAUAUUAUCGAGAGACUAGCAGAGACCACGAGGACUUUCAAGAAUGACACCCUCAGGGCCAAGUGCUUAUUCGUCAUGAGAGUUUUACUCGCGAAGACUUCCCAGGAUAAUCUCACAGUGCUGUGGCCCGUCCUGUUAUCAGAACUCAUUAAAAUAUUCAGAAACACCACCGAACAGUUGUAUAGCUAUGGUGACGCAGACAGCGACGACAUCCCCAUCAGCGAUAUCAACAGUGAUCUAGACAUUGAUCAUCUCGUUACUGAUCAAACAAACUUACUCAAUCAUCAAACAAACAUUCUCAAUCAUCAAACAAACUUACUCAAUGAUCAAACUGAUGUAACAAGUGAACCUAAUAGAAUUAGUAAUAGAAUUAGUAAUGGGAAUAGUAGCAGAACAAGUGGUAGAAUAGGAGGUAGUAAAAUAAGCAAUAAACUAAGUGAGAGAAGUGGUAAAUUGAGUGAGAGAAGUAGUAAAUUGAGUGAGAGAAGUAGUAAACUAAGUGGCAGAAGUAGUAAAUUGAGUGAACGUAGUAGUAAAAUAAGUAAUAGAAUGGGCGACACAAGUAGUAAAUUAAGUGAAAGAAGUAGUAAAAUGGGUGACACAAGUAGUAAAAUGGGUGACAGAAGUGGAAGAAUGAGUGAACGUAGUAGUAAAUUGAGUGAGAGAAGUAGUAAAUUGAGUGAGAGAAGUGGGAGAAUGGGUGAGAGGAUAGAGAAUUUGGAGUGUCCGGCGCAUAAUAAAAACGCGCUUUUAAUUGAAGCGGUUAAAAUCGUCGAUAUCGCCUGCAGCCUCAGACUCAACGAAUUCCUCGUAUACCAAUGGAUGUUCAUCGAUGAUCUCACAUCACACUCUCCACAACAGGAUUGUGUUGUGAAUGAUUUUAAGCCGUUUUUGAUGAUGGUGGAGCAGACGUGUCCGGAGAAGGUGCGGGCUCAGUUGAAGAAUUUAAUUUGGAGAUCAAACGAGCAAUAUCAAUUUUUUGGAGGAAAACCUGUCAAGUCACACAACUGGGAAGAUAAAAACACAAGAGAACUACUCAAUAAAUCCAUCGAAAAUGAACUCAUCGAAGACGAAUCCCAACUCACACCCAUCAAACCCAUCAACCUACACCAAAUCUAUAAAACACUCAAACGAUUCCAAUAAUCACUUCCACCAAUUUUACACAUUUACACCAGUCAUUUGGGAUUAGAAUUACACAUUUCCACCAAGAAUUUGGGAUUAAAAUUUACGAAUUUUAACUGAAGAUUUGGGAUUCGAAUUUUACAAAUUUUGAGUA